AUGGUAAAAAAAAUAGAACAUGUAUCGAAUAAUUCGUCUUUGAUGAAGAAGAAGCGUAAACAAAAAUUAUCCCUUGAUGAUUCUAUACCAAAGAAAAUAAAACUAUCAAACACAUUAGCCAAAAGCAAUCCUAUUCAGAGUCUAACUGUUGUUUGGUUUGAUCCAAAGAAUGGUGAUUAUCUCAAAAGGAAAGGUCGUUUACAUUCUAUUGGAAAUUAUUUAAAAAAAAUUUCCAAUAUUAAUUCAUGUAUAAACUACUUACUAUCUUUCCAAAAUACAUCAAGAAAUAUUCUUUUUAUAUUGCCUGGUUCAUAUUGUAAAAAGAUUUUACCAUUUAUUCAUAAUGAAACAAAUAUUAUCCAUAUUUAUAUAUUCUGUAAAGACAAAGAAAAACAUGAAGAACGGAUUAAAUUAUAUUCAAAUAAAAUACGAGGUAUUUUUAUUAAUAAACAAGAACUUUUGACAAAAUUGAAUGAAGAUGUAGAAUUUAAUACAAAAAUGAUUCCAAUAUCAAUAAUACCAGCAAAACAGUCAAGUGAAGAAACUUCAAUGCGUAAUUUAGAUGAAGAAAAAACAUUGUUUAUGUGGUAUCAAUUAUUAAUUGAGAUAUUAAAUCGUAUGCCAUUAACAUCUAUUUCACGUCGAGAUCUUCUCAAUCAAUGUCGACAUGAAUAUCGAGAAGAUAAAAUUGAAUUAAAUAGAAUACAAGAAUUUGAAAAUACUUAUAAUGCAGAUAAUGUUAUUGAAUGGUAUACACGUGAUGCAUUUCUUUAUCGUUUAUUAAAUCGAGCAUUGAGAACACGAGAUAUUUCAAUUAUAUUUCAAUUUCGUUUUGUUCUUGUUGAUCUCCAUAAUCGUCUAAAAAAUUUACAUAUUGAAUAUAUUCAAUCAUUAGAUAAGACUAAAGCUUUAACUGUUUAUCGUGGACAAGGAUUGACUGUAGCUGAAUUAAACAAAUUGAAAGAUAAUAUUAAAGGUCGAGUAGCAAUGAAUAGCUUUAUAUCGACAAGUCUCUCAUCUGCUGUUGCAGUAGAUUUUGCUGGUAAUGGAACUGGUCGACCAUUGAUUGAAUCAGUUCUAUUUGAAAUUGAAUGUCCUGUUAAAUUAUCAAAACAACCGUUUGUUAAUAUACAAAAAUAUAGUCAUUUAAAAACUGAAAAUGAAGUUCUAUUUACGAUUGGUACUAUAUUUCGAAUUGAAUUAGUCGAACCAUUUACUGAUGAUAUUUGGUUUGUUAAAUUAAUAUUAUGUGAAGAUGAAAUCAAUUUGAUAAAAGAUGAAUUAAUAGACGACUUAAAAUAUGAAAUGGAUGAAACAACAGAUAUUUUAACAUUGGCAAAAUUUCUGUUUGAAAUGGGUGAUCUAAAUAAAGCAGAAGAAUUUUAUACUCUAUUAUUUGAUGAAUUACCGACUGACCAUCCGGAUGUGAUAACAAUUAAAAAUGAUCUUGGAGGAAUAUAUAGAGAAAAGGGUGAAUAUUUAAAAGCUUUAAAAAAUCAUAAACAAGCGCUCAAAUUACAAAAACUAUUAAUACCAUAUGAUUUUAUUCAGCUUGCUGCUAUAUAUAAUGAUAUUGGAUAUGUUUACGAAGAAUUAGGUAAUUAUUCUCAAGCAUUAAAAUUUCAUCGGAAAACACUUCAAAUUCGACGAAAACAUCACCCAUACUAUAAAUUUCAUUUUGCCACAACAUACAAUCAUUUAGGUAAUGUUUAUAAUCACAUAGGAAAGAAAAAAUUAGCUUUAAAAUAUCACAGAAAAGCUUUAGUAAUCAAAAGAAGAUUUUAUUCGGAAAUUCAUCCGAAUUUAGCGAAUGAAUAUAACAAUAUUGGAGAAGUCUAUCUAUCGAUUCAAAAUAUUAAAAAAGCUCAAAUAUAUCUUGAGAAGGGACUCGAAAUUAGAUUGAAAUCUUUACCAAAUGAUCAUCAAGCAUUAGCAAUUAGUUAUAGUAAUCUUGGUCAAGUAUAUGAUUACAAGAAUGAUCAUAAGAAAGGAUUGGAAUGUUACCAAAAAGCAUUAGAUAUAUUAUUAAAAUGUUUACCUUCAAAUCAUAUAGAUUUAGCCGCCAUUUACAAUAAUAUCGGAGAAUGUUUCAAUGAUCUCGGUGAUUUUACAUCCGCUUUAAUCAAUCAUAAGAAAGCUCUUAAAAUUCGAUGUAGUUUAUUAUCCAACGCAAGAGUACAAGCAGACACAGCUUUAUCAUAUUGUAACAUUGGCAAGUUAUUUAAAGGACAAGAAAAAUACAUGAUAGCAUUAAAAUAUUUUAAAAAAGCUCUUACAUUAACAUUAUCAAUGACAAAUAACAAGAAAUUAUUAGGAAUUGUUUAUUAUAAUAUGGCCACUGCUUAUCAAAAUAAAUUAAAUAUGAAAUUAGCAAUGAAAUAUUUUAAAAAAGCUCUAAAAUUCGAGUUAAAAUUUGAUAAAUCAAGUGUCAGUUUAGAUUUAGCAGAUAUAUAUUAUGGUCUUGGAGAAGUUUACGAAAAGAAUCAUGAUUUUACUACAGCACUCGUUCAUUUCGAAAAAUCACUAGAUAUAAAAAAACAACAUUUAACAAUUGAUCACUCUUUAAUUGAAGAAACAUUAAGCACAAUAGGAUUUGUCUAUACUAAACAAGGUGACAUCGAUAAAGCAUUGUCAUAUCUCAUCGAAGCUUUCAACUUACAAGUGAAAUCGAAUUCAACCUAUUUAACAUCCACCUGUAUCAGCAUCGGUUCAUUAUAUCAUAGUAAACAAGAUGAUCAAAACGCUUUAAUUUUUUAUCAAAAAGCAUUGACAUAUAUCACGAAUGAUAAUCGAGAAUUAGGAUCGUUGUAUUAUCAAAUCGGAUUGAUUUACAACGAUAAAAACGAUCUUGAUCAAGCACUUGAAAAUUUUACAAAUGCUUUGAAAUUUCCAUCAAACAUUGAUUCAAUUAUCGAUGAUAUGUAUAAUAGAAUGGGUUUGAUCUAUCACACAAAACGCUACUAUUCAAAAGCAUUGAUCUAUUUUAAAAAAGCAUUAGUUAUUCAUAUAAAACAAAAAAAAGACUUAAGUGUAAUCUAUUAUCAUAUUGCAUGGGUUUACGAUGAUAAAUUUGAGCUUAAAAAAGCAUUAAACUUUUACAAAAAAGCAUGGUAUGAACAUAGAAAUCAAGAAUCAUCAGAUGUGAGCUUACUUUCGAAAGUUUAUAAUAAUAUGGCUGGUAUUUACGCUCGAUCUCAUAAAUGCAAACUGGCACUUAAAUAUUUUCGAAAAUCAUUACAAAUAGCACUUGAUACGAACGUACUAACACCUUCUUAUAUAGAUAUUGCGGAUAUUUAUAGCAGUAUUGGUACUGCUUAUAUGUUUUCAUCAAAUUAUCAGAUGGCUCUGGAAAAUUAUGAAAAAGCAAUAAAUUUUGCAUUAAAGAUAUUAUGUAACGAUGAUUCGGAAAUAUCAACAUAUCGAAAUAAUAUCGUUGCUGCUAAAAGACUUCUGUCAUUUAAUAAUGAAUAA